AUGGCUGAACCAAGGCCCAAGAGGGGGUUUGGAAAUAGUUUUCAACCAGCAAUAGACGCGCCUCGGUUAGAACCUCAUAAGCUGCGUCAUUGCCCCAAGCGCAAAGAUACUCCAAUCAUUGGCUUCCGCUCGGUUUUAUACCUCUACAGCAACUUAACCUUUUCCGCUCCGUCGAUGUGGGACUGCAACUUCUUCUUUUACAAUUGUAUCCAAUUGCGGGACAUAUGA